CUCGCCCGCCUCCGGGCGGAGCCACCAGCGGAGCCGGGCCGCGCCGGGGCGCAGCGGAGCGCGGCGGGACCGGCACCGGGGGGUCGGCACCGGCACCGGGGGGUCUCAGCCAUGCUGAGCCGGCUGGGAGCGCUGCUGCAGCAAGCGGUGGAGACGCGGGAGCCCAGCGUGGACCUGCUGGAAGCCUUCACCGAGCACUGGAAGGGCAUCACCGGCUACUACCUGGAGGCCACGGAUGAGAGCGUCCCCGCCAGACAGACGGACAUCCCCUGGCGCCUCAAGCAGAUGCUGGACAUCCUGGUGUACGAGGAGAAGCAGCGCCCGGCGGGGGAGGCCGGGCCGUGUCUCGAAUACCUGCUGCAGCACAAGGUCCUGGAGACGCUGGGCACGCUGGGCAAGGCGGAGUACCCCCCCGGGAUGAGGCAGCAGGUCCUCCUCUUCUUCAGCCGGGUGCUGGGACAGAUGCAGCACCCGCUCCUGCACUACCUCAACGUCCACAGGCCGGUGCAGAAGCUGCUCCAGCUCAGCGGCGACCGCCUGGGCUCCGGCACGGAGAAGGAGGAGGUGCAGUUCGCAGCCGUCCUCUGCACGAAAAUCAAGCAGGAUCCCAGCCUGCUGGCGUACAUCCUGGAGGGCAAGAGCAUCCUGAAUGGGAGGAGAGCCCAGGAGCUGCCGGCCAGCCCCGUGGAAGAGGGUGCGGAGCAUCCCCCGGGUACCACCGCCGCCGCCGCCAGCAGCCCCCCGGCCGAGGUGUCCCCUCCACGGAGGGACAGCAACCUCGUCACAUCCUUGGUGGGGCUGUGCAAGAGCCAGAAGAGCAGGGUCGCGCUGAAGGCUCAGGAAAACCUGCUCUCGCUCGUCGGGCUCGCCCAGGAGGCGGCCGCUGCCUGCCUGGUGCGGAGCAGCGCCCUGUGCCAGCUGCUGACGGAGCAUCUCUGUGACCUCUACAGCGCCGUGCCCCCCGGCACCGACCCCUCCGACGUCCUCGCCCUGGAGAGGGCCAGCUGGAGGUCGCAGGGGGAUGCUGCCGGCGGCGGGGUUUUCCCAGGGAAGGAGAGCCUGGCUGCCUUCUUUGCCUGGCUGGACUACCUCGAUGAGCUGGUGAUGGGCGCCCACCCGGUCGUGGCAGAUGCCAUCACCGAGGCCAUGGAGGAGAAGUUUUUCCAGGGCAUCCUGCAGCCGCAGCUCCUGGAGAUGUCUGAGUUUGCCGUCCUCGGCGUCACGGCCAUGCUGACGGGCACGGUGCGGCAGCUCCGCGCGCCCCCCCUGCUCCACCGCCUCGUCCUAUUCCUGCUGGGGCCGGACCGGCACCCCGAGACCCCGGGGGACGCCCCCCACCCUCUGCGCACCCACCUCAUCGACCGCUGCAACCACCUCUCCGACGAGAUCAGCCUGGCCAGCCUGCGGCUCUUCGAGGAGCUCCUGCGGAAACCCCACGAGCACGUGGUGCGCAACCUGGCGCUGAGGAACCUGGAGAUGAGGGGCUACCUGCAGCGCGGCCCCCCCAUACCCGACGAGCGCGGCCCCUCCGAGCCGGACCCUGAUGAGGAUGGGCUGGACCUGGAGGAGGAUCCCUAUUUCACCGAUGGAUUCCCGGAUGCCGGAUUUAGGAUGACGAAAAAGCGUCUGCCGGGAUCGGCCCCGUCGGCGAAGGGGCAAGUGAGCGAGGUGGUCAGCAGCUUCCUCUGCCUGGUCCCCGAGGAUGCGAAGACCUCGUCCUGCAUGGAGGAAGGUGGCUACGACACCUACGUGCACGAUGCCCUGGGCAUGGUCCAGGCGUGCCGUGCCAACGCAGCCCCGUGGGGGUGGCCCCCGGCCCCCCGGCCCCUCGACACCUGCCAUCCCGAAGUGACAUUUUACGAGGGCCAUUUCCUCAAGGUGCUGUUUGACCGGAUGACCCGGAUCCUGGACCAGCCCUACAGCCUGAACCUGCAGGUGACAUCGGUGCUGUCCCGCCUGGCCGCCUUCCCCCAUCCCCACCUCCACGAGUACCUGCUGGACCCCUACCUCACCCUGGCGCCCGGCUGCCGCUCGCUCUUCUCCGUCCUUGUCAGGGUGAUCGGGGACCUGAUGCAGCGGCUCCAGCGUGUGCCCCAUUUCAGGGCAAAACUGCUCCUGGUGCGCCAGCAGCUCAUGGGGAUGGUGCCUGGAGAGCAGAUGGACCACACGAUGCUCUUCAAGGGGGUGGUGGUGCUGGAGGAGUUCUGCAAGGAGCUGGCUGCCAUCGCCCUGGUCAAGGGACCACCGGAGGGACCCCCCUGAGCUUCAGCCCGCCCCCGCCCCCACCGAGCACCCCCUCUUCAUCCGGGCUGCGGUGGCCACCGGGAAUGGCCCAAUCCAUGUGCCGGUAGCCUCCGGUGGCCCUGCCUCGGACCAGCACGUCGCAUGGCGGUGGCACCCCGGGAAGGACACCGUCCUCGCAGCGCCCGGUGAGGAGGAAGAGGAGGCACAGCGACCUUCGCCACCGCCUCGGCCAUCCCGGAGGUGAUGCCACCCCCCCGCCCCCCGCCCAGUGCGGGAUGCGACCCCUCGGGGUGGUGGGUUCCCGCUCCCCCCACCCCACGGCAGAGCUGCCCCCACCAACCUCAAGCAGGGGGGGGGUAUUUUUUGGCAAUAAUCGGCCCCAUGGGCACGGUGCUGUCCCCUGCCCCCCCGAGGCAAUGCCACCCCCUCGGCUGCAAGAACUCAAUCGUCUCCCCCCCCCCCGGCGCUGAGGGUGUGUGUGGGGGUGUGGGUGUGUGUGUGUGUGUGUGUGUGUCCUGCCUGGCGGGGACGGUGCACCCCCAACCCCGCAGAGCCGGGCACCGCGUCCCCUGGGUGAUGGGACUUCGCUGCAAUAAAGCCGUGAGCUCAGCA